UGCGUGUGUCCGUGUGGGUCAUGUUUCCUUGUGUUACACAGUCUUAUUUGAUCCACAUCUCAUUUCUUCGGGGUGAAGCCGACCCGCACAGCUCUGCUUCAGGACCAACCAAAGGUGAUGCUGACGACUCAGCACCAGAACUGCUACCGAGAGCAAAUCCAGAAGGAGACGUUGACCCGUUUGGCCUGGAAGAGCCGCUAUGCCGACCUCUACCCGUCCUGCCGCGGCUCAGAGCCGACCCGGCGGCCUCCCGCGCCGAACCCGAAACCCGCUUUCACAGCAGUCCUGCCUCCCGUUCCCAGGACAACCGAGAAGCAGAGCGAGCUUCCUCCUUCUCCUCCUCCUCCUCCUCCUCCUCGUCUGCCCGGGCUCCCUCUCAGAGUGGCCCCUCUGAUGAGGCCGGUGUCUCCUGAGACCAGAAGCGCUCUCUAUCAGGACUCCUCGCACCAUGGGAAGGGGCGGAGCCUCUACCUGCAGAAACGUGGCCACGUGAGGCCGGAGGAGAAGUUUGACUUCCCCUUGCUCUCGUCCUGGGAGUACGGCUGGAGGCUCGGUGACCACACGCUGGAUUACAAGACUCCGUCCCGCGCCAAGUCGUCGGUGGUGAAGAACACCUUCUAUGCCCGGAACGGCGUCUUCAGCCGCCCAUCGGCCACCGACGCGCUGGCCUUUAUGUGAUGAACACCAUUUAUCUUUGUUUUAAGAAAAAAACCUGAAAUUGGCAACCCGCUCAAUGUAUUGUUUCCAACUUCUGGAAAAGGAGUUGAAAAUAUUGUUAAUUAUUUAAAAGGAAUUGUAUUCUAACAUUUUUUGUUUGGGUAAUUUGAUUAAAACACGAGUGUCAGAUGUUAGACACAACAUUUUGAACAAUUAUGUUGUGUUUUUUGCAUCUUUGCUUCCUGUAACCAUCCACUUUUCUGUUAGGUUAAGUGUCUACAGACCUGACACUGUGUGAUGGAUAAAUAAUGCACACCUGGCCAGGUUUCACUCACAAAGGUGUACACUUGAUACCUUCUUUAAACAGCGAGCCACCAGAGGAAAUGUUACACACCACAACGUUAAAUAUUUGAUAUCAGUCAGUAACUACAGUAUUCCUCCGCCAAGCAGUGUAGUUUUGUAAAGAUGUAUUCAUGAACAAAGUGUGAACUUAUUUCAUGUUUGGAUAAGAAGUUUAUUAUAAAAUAAAUCAGCAUGAUCUUCACCUACUUGAUUAUGUCACCAGACCAUAAAGCAGGCCAUACUUGAGGGCGGGGUUUACUGUGAUUGACAACUUACCUUAAGGUUGUAUG